UGCAGCAACAGUACCUAGAUAUUAACAAAGCCCCUGCAUGAUAUUUGUCUCUUAGACGACUCAUCUCUCGAUCGGGUCCGUGAACGAUGAACCAUUCUGAAUACAAGGAACAGAUACACGCUCGCCCUUGCGACGGAUGCAUCAGGCGACGCGCCCGCUGGUACUGCGCCGCCGACGACGCGUUUCUCUGCCAGUGCUGUGACGCAUCGAUCCAUUCGGCUAAUCCUCUUGCACGCCGCCACGAGCGUCUCCGUCUCAAGACCGGCUCUUUAUCAGCUGCCCUCAAGCUUCAUACUCCAGCUUGGCAGCAUGGAAUCACUCGGAAAGCACGUACACCGCGCCCGAAGCCUGCCGGAGCUGUAGUCAAGUCUGAACCAUUAGUGCCGGACCUUGAGACUGUGUCGGCCGACGAGAAUAAUACUGAAGAGGAGCAGCUGCUUUUGUAUUGUGUUCCGGUGCUUGAUCAUUCUCCUUCGGAGAAGCGGCCAUUUGUUGAUUGUAAUAAUAAUUAUUUGCAUGUUGAUGAGGAUGAUGCUGAAUUGACAGAGUUUGCGGCGAACAUGGAGAGGCUUCUGGGUCCUGGGAUGGAUGAGGAUGUGUUAUGCAUGGAAGGGAUGGGGUUUCUUGGUUUGAAGGAUGAGAGUAAUCAUGAGAUUAAGAUGGAAAUUGGGGAUCAUGAUGAUCAAAAGAUGGUCAAAGAAGAUGUGGAUUUAGCAAGAGAGACUUUGGAGAUGAACCUUGAUUGUGGGUCAGUACUGGAGACUACUGAUGAUCAGAAGGUAAAUGAGUGCUUGCAUGGUAAAAGAUUGAUAUUAAGGUUGGAUUAUGAGAAGGUUAUGACUGCAUGGGCUUCUUGUAAUGGUUUGUCACCUUGGGGUGAUGGAGAGAGGCCGGUGAUCAACCUGAAUCAAUGUUUUCCGGCGGAGUUUAUAAUGGGAGGAGUAUGGGGAGGAGGAGGAGGAGGAGAGAUGGGGCAGGUGGGUGGAGGAGAUGGAGGGAGAGAGGCGAGAGUGACAAGGUAUAGAGAGAAGAGGAGAACCAGGUUGUUUGCUAAGAAGAUUAGGUAUGAGGUCAGGAAGCUAAACGCUGAGAAAAGGCCAAGAAUGAAGGGCCGCUUUGUAAAACGUGUCUCCUCCUACUAAUCAAGAACACUACAAGUUAAUUUUUCUUUUUCUUUCCUAACUUUAAUAAUAAAAAAAAACUGCAUGUUUUUCUUGUUAUAUCUUUGUGUGGUGAUGUUUGGCAGCUUUCGUUGCUUACAGUAUAUAUUUUUUUGUUUUGUUUUA